CACGAGAUAUCCGCAUUUUUACCCUAUUAGAAAAAAUGACUCGACAACAGACACAAAUAUUGGACACUGUUCAUCAGGUAUUUGGUGUCGUGUCAAAGUUGGAAAGUCAAGAUGGUGGUGGACCAACUGAAUUGCCUGAUGAUAUUCAUUUACCAGUUACAAGCAUUGAAGAGCUGGAGUUGGUUGAGACAGGUUUACAAGAACCUGGUUGUUUCAAUGGCUUGUGAAACACUGGAAAAGCAUGAAAUAAAUGGCAGAGCAACAGAUAAGGUCACAUACCUGACACUGCAAGGAGGUAUCACAAGAAGCGAUAUGUCAAAAAGAGUCAUGAAACACUGCAUGUCAAAUCAGUUGGCACUUCAGUUCAACUGGUUUGGCAAGAAAGGGAAGAGAGCGUUUGGGAAACUGAAGCUGGCCAAGGCAGUGCAAAAAGCAGUCAUGAAAUGUAAAAAAUGUACAGCAGCUGAAGUCGAAUUAGAUUGUAGAGAAUGGUUUCGAAGUGCAUGUGACAGAGACGGAGGCCGUAAAAGAAGACAAAAAACCAAUGAAGGUGUCCCAGAAACACCCACUGAAUAGAACUUUUAAAUAUAUUUAUAGCGAAAUUGAAAGAAAAAAGAUGGCUCUUUUAAUUUGGAAGUAAUGUAAUGUCAUUCUAGCCUAAUAGUUCAAGAACAUAUAGCCUAAGAAGAAUAAAUCAUACAUAAAUAGUGAUAUAGUUAAACUAAACAUUAUUGAGAUAUAUUUAAGAAACAAUAUCGGUUUCUGUGUUGUUCAUCGGCUAUUUAAAAUCAGUUUAAGCUUGUGUGUCAGGCAGGAUUAUAUAUAUUGUGUUUACAUCGUUGCUGGAUUAAUGAUUCUUCAGCCCCUGACCAGUUUAAAGUGACACCAUUCUGGCACUUGUAUGAACAAGCUGCAUACUUGGGAUGACGUUUUUAUGGUGCUUACGAGUUUGCGUCAAUUUGUCUUAUAAAACUUAUAUCAAUCUGUUGGUCGGUGAAUGUGAGAUGUUACUUUAGCAUCAUAUGAAAAGAAGAAAAAAAGUGAACUGAAAACAUCAGAAAAAGUGCGUUAUUAUUUUUGCUGUAAAAAGAAUUUGAAAACUAUUUUAUUGAGGGAGAACAAAAAACAGCGGCAUAUUUGUGUAGUCCAUAAUCAGUGCUUAUUGGAAGUUUAAGCCGUUAAAAUCCUUCUUUGUUAUAGAAACAAAAUCUCAAGGAGUGUUAGAUUUACAUAAGAUGUACAUAUUGUUAUUGUUUUUACUCAUUCAGUAUUUCAAUCGCACAUAUCAAAUAUUGAGAUUAUGGUCAUAGCUUCAUGAUAAUCAAAUAAUUUUUACAAUUAUAAUACUAAAUCCUGCGAUUUGUGAAUCUAUAAUUCAAUUAUUGUUUUUGAUUCGUUAUUAUAGGUUGUUUUUUGUUUUAUGCUUUGUAAAAAUAUUAUAAAUCCAUUUUAUUACCAUGCCUUGCCAAAUGUAUAGUCAAGUCUAGUCUUUAUUUUUUGCAUUGUUUUUUACAUUGUUUUAUUCUUGCAUUUAUUUUCUUUAAUAAUUCUGCAUAAUUGCUGAUAUUUUUUAUUUAUUUUUUUCUAUUAUUGCAUAAUAGCUGAAGUAUAGAGAAAAAAAAACACCAAUACAAAUGCAAUGUUGUAGAUUCAUUCUCAGUUUUUAAAUGGAAUUUAAAUCAUAGCUUUUGAACAUAUUGAGUUUUAUUAUUGGCAUUUUUAAUUUGUUUGUUUACAAUGUUUUACCAAGGAAGCAGAACUAAAUUGAAUUAUUACUAGUCUUUUAUAUCUUUUUUAGCUCGACUAUUCGAUAAGAGUAAGUAGAGCUAUUGUAGUCACCCGAGCGUCGGGUCCGUUUCGGCGUAACCACUUAUGUUAAAGUUUUUGUAAUAGUUCAAAUAUUUUCAAAGUCCAUUGACAUAUGGCUUUGAAACUUUGCACACUUGUUCACCAUCAUGACCCCAACCUGUAGACAGGAGGAGGUAACUCUAUCAAGCAUUUUGACAGAAUUAUGCCCCUUUUUCGACUUAGAAUUUACGUUCAAGUUUUUGUAAUAGUUAAAAUAUUUUCAAAGUCCAUUGACAUAUGGCUUUGAAACUUUAUCAAGCAUUUUUACAGAUUUAUGCCCCUUUUUCGACUUAGAAUUUACGUUAAAGUUUUUUGUAAUACCUCAAAUAUUUUCAAAGUCCAUUUUUUUUUUGGGGGGGGGGGGGUGUUGUGCACUUUUUCUCACAUACUUCUCAAAUAUUUAUAACAAAACUAUGAAAAAUGGAUUGUUUGCUGUUAUGUUAUUGGGUUUUAUUUGCAGUCUGCGAUAAACAAUUUAAUUUUGAUAAAGCAACAAAUACUAGCUAGUUUACAGUACCAUUGUCCUUUAAAAAUACAAAUAUAUUUUUUCCAAUCCUGUUAAAUUCUCUUUUGACUGUGAUGUUAACUGCUGUACACAAUUAACAUACAUUUGUUAAAAAAAAAAUAUUGAUUCUAUGAUAUACAUGUAUAUUUGCCAAAUGAAAAUAAAAAGCUUAUAUUUAAGCUCAAUUGUGUUUUUUGUUAAUUGGAAUGAAAAAAUCAAAGUAAAAUGUUUUAUUAGAAGAAAAAUUAAAGGUUAAUUUAUGUCGGUAUGACACCGGUUUCAAAUCGAUCUAACGAUAUACAGCCGAUAUCGGCCCGACUUGUAGCCGGGUUGCACAUCCGACAUCUGUCCGAUAUAAGAAAUCGAUAUCGGGCCGACAUAACAACUGAUAUCGGGCUGAUAUUGGACCGAUAUAAAAUGUUUGCUGG